UUGCUGGGGUACAUCAUCUACCUGUGUCCCACUCGUGGGCGUGGGACGUGGGUGGAAAACGGGUCCCCUUCCUCCCGCUGUGCUCCGAGCAGCGGCCGCCGUUCCGCCAGCUUGCCGAGCCGCUGCGGGCCGGAGGCUGCCGGAGCGCCUAUGGUCGCGACCGCGUCCCAGCCCCGAGCCUAGGCGCCCCUUGAAAUCUCUCCACCUCCUGUUCUGCAGGUUCGCUUGCGGCGGCGUCAUGGCUCAAAGGGCCUUUCCGAAUCCUUAUGCCGAUUAUAACAAGUCCCUGGCCGAAAGCUACUUUGAUUCUACUGGGAGGCUGACUCCUGAGUUCUCACAGCGCUUGACCAGUAAGAUUCGAGAACUCCUUCAGCAAAUGGAGAGAGGCCUAAAGUCAGCAGACUCUCGGGAUGGCAGUGGCUACACCGGCUGGACAGGCAUCGCUCUGCUCUACUUGCACCUCCACGAUGUGUUUGGCGACCCUGCCUACCUGCAGAUGGCACACAGCUACGUAAAGCAAAGCCUCAACUGCUUGAGCCGACGGUCCAUCACCUUCCUGUGCGGCGACGCGGGCCCCCUGGCUGUGGCCGCUGUGCUCUACCACAAGAUGAACAGUGAGAAGCAGGCGGAGGAUUGCAUCACACGGCUCAUGCACCUGAAUAAGAUUGAUCCCCACGCACCUAAUGAAAUGCUCUACGGCCGCAUAGGCUACAUCUUCGCUCUGCUUUUUGUCAAUAAGAACUUUGGAGAGGAGAAGAUCCCUCAGAGCCAUAUUCAGCAGAUUUGUGAAACAAUCUUAAACUCUGGUGAAACCCUAUCUAGAAAGAGAAACUUCACAGCGAAAUCUCCACUGAUGUACGAGUGGUACCAGGAAUAUUACGUGGGGGCUGCUCAUGGCCUGGCGGGAAUUUACUACUACCUGAUGCAGCCCAGCCUUCAGGUGAGCCAAGGAAAGUUACAUAGUUUGGUGAAGCCCAGUGUAGACUUUGUCUGCCAGCUGAAGUUUCCUUCUGGCAAUUUCCCUACAUGUUUGGAUGACACCAGAGAUCUGCUUGUCCACUGGUGCCACGGUGCCCCCGGGGUCAUCUACAUGCUCAUCCAGGCCUACAAGGUGUUCAGAGAGGAGCAGUACCUGCGUGACGCCUACCGGUGUGCCGAUGUGGUCUGGCAGUACGGGCUUCUGAAGAAGGGCUACGGGCUGUGCCAUGGUGCUGCAGGGAAUGCCUAUGCCUUCCUGGCGCUCUACAACCUCACACAAGAUGUCAAGUUCCUGUACAGGGCCUGUAAGUUUGCUGAGUGGUGUUUAGACUAUGGCGAGCACGGAUGCAGGACACCGGACACACCCUUCUCUCUCUUUGAAGGGAUGGCUGGAACAAUAUAUUUCCUGGCUGACCUGUUAGUCCCCGCAAAGGCCAAGUUCCCUGCAUUUGAACUCUGAAAGGAACGCAUGUCUCCUGAGCUUACAGCGUGACUCUCUGUGUAUUCCUCUGGGCUGCGUGUUUCCAUUGCUUUUGAAGGAAGCAGAAUGAAACUGUACUUGACAUAGUUGGGUUUUUAUUUCCAUUAUGUCUCUUUCACAGUUCGGCACCUUCCUUUUAUUACUUACCUUUAUUUAAAAAUGUACAUGAAAGGCAUUUUAAUUGUCUUCCAAAGGGAAGGGGGAAUGACAGGUACAGUAUUCUGUGACCAUUUACAUGUAUUUAUAGACUUAUAGGAAAUCGCACUCUUAAGUUUAUGAAUGUAAUCAUGCGUCAGUGCUCUUUAAAAUGCUUUCUAAAACUCAGUAGUAAGCCAUGCCUGGUAACGUGUGAUCCCAUGUACAGAGGAAACUGAGGAAGGAGGACCACAAGUUCAAAACCAACGUGGGCAACUUAAUGAGACCUUGUUUGAAAACUAAGAGGAGAGAGAGAUCUGGGAUAUAGCCGAGUAGCAUCCAAAAAGGCCCAGUGCAGAUAGACAGGGGUGUAUGUAGAUGGCCGUUGUUGAAUGUUGCCUUCUGUCUCUUCUAGUGAGUAUUUUUCCUCCAACACAGAGUAGUUUUAUGACUGGGUUUUCUCAAGUGGUUGAUUAUUAAAGAGGAUAGGAAUGUAACCUAUGCUUCAGGAAGGAAAACUGCAAGAAUUACAGAUUAGACUUGGGACCUAAAUGUCAUUUUUUCAAUUUCUAAUUUCUGUGUGAACUAGAAAUACCACUUUAAGUGAGGUACACGGGCACCGUUUUUCAGCAGUGUUAUCAAAACCUAAAAUGGUUGUGAUGCACGGUGAUGCCCAUUCUGAUCUGAAAGUUAAUCCACCAACUACAGUUCCUUGUUUUCUGUUACAUUUUAGAAAUAUUUGUUUUAAAGGUGUUUGUCCUUCAGUAUUGAUACAAGAUCUGGAAAGUAGCUGUUUGC